AAUCUGUACUCUUUGUACUUUGGUUAUAAGUUUGUGCGUUGUUUAUUUAUAUGCUUAGUGGGUUUCAAAUUAAUUUUUGAACAAGUUACGAUUUUAGAUUUUAAUAGCAUGGAUGAAUUUAUGGCACCAGCUUUUUUUGUGGUUGAUGAUGACAGCAAUCACAACUUAAACACGUUACCUGCAGAUGGUCCUAGCUACUUGUUGAAAGUUAGGCGUGAAACUGCUGCACUUCCUGAUAUAGUUGUAGCGGAUGUACACAGGCUGCCUGUGAAAAAAAAUUCUACAAGGCAUAUUAUACCAGAGGAGAAGGCAGAUGAUAAUACUCAUGUGCCAGAUAUUCUGAAACUGACUUAUGAAGAUCAAAUGGAGCAUGUGGAAAUCUUCAGUGAGAUGCGUGAAAAAGUGGCUUGGGCCAAAAUCAAGCAUCCACAGCCCGACCCCCCUCAGCAGUUGGAUACGGAAGAAGAGCAUCCAGUACUCUGUUUUGGCGAGAAUGCAGACGUGGAUGGAUUGCGGGAGGGUGCCCUUCCGUUACUGAGCACACUCAUGUCCAUGACACAGGUUCAGAUCCUGCAGGCCCUGGAUGACCUCAUAGAUUACCUGGAAUGCUCUCCUAUGUUGUCCUAUCAAAGAGGAGCAUGGUUGUACGCACUCCUGGUGUUCACAGAAAUACCGCUCACUCCGGAGACCUGCAGCUCACUUCGCACUCUGGCCAGGACUUGUGCCAAGAUCCGUGACACUUUGGAGAGUGUAUUUGAUCCUCAACUGCCGGCAGUGAACCUUUUUAUUUGCUUGGUGUCUCAAUAUUUUGGACAGAAAGAUCUUGCAGACAUGUGAUGGUGAUACAUCUCAUUCCUGGCUAAAACAUUUGUUGUAAGACUAAGUGUUACAUGCUCUACCUAUAAUUAAAAUUUGUAACUUAUAUUGUAAAUGGAUAGGCUAUAUUAUUUAAGUUUGUUUUGUCGUUUAUAUAAUGUGUAGCUAUUUGUAGGUACUUGCGAUUUCAGGUGUUUCGUGUUGUCAAGUUCAAGCAAGUAUUUUGUCACAAUCGAGACCUCCGGCUAUCUCUCAAUUGGUCUGAAUUGUACCUACGUAAAAAUACUUGAAGAAAUUUGUUGGGCGCAGUCACUCACACUCGUACUCUUGCAGAUAGAUGCCCAAGUGACGACUAAUGACGAGGCUAUGCAGCUGUAUCCACCACGCAGGGAAGAGGCAGGUGCAUGACCUCACCGACUAAUCACAACACAGACCUCACCGUCUAAUCACAACACAGACCUCACCGACUAAUCACAACACAGACCUCACCGACUAAUCACAACAGAGACCUCACUGACUAAUCAUAACACAGACCUCACGAGGACACGAAAGUACACAAAUAUCUUAACCCUCCCAGUGAGGCUUUUCCUGCAAAAAAAAUAAACCAUGAAAAAUCAGUAUUUUCUAAUUGGCUGAUGCAACAACGUGAUAACAAUCUCGUCCCCCACGAGAGAGAACAUUUGAAGUUUUUACCAUCAUUGGAAUUACAUACAGAACAAGCCAGAAUUAUUUCAGCACAAAAAAAUAAGUUAAAAAAAUUUUUGCUGCAGCGUUGCACAGGUGUCUCUUGUCCUUCCUUUUACCAAUACAGUACAUAAUGUUCUAGAAACACUUCAAACAUAUCCAAAUGUAAAUUCAGGUAUAAAUACCGUAAGUAAAUAAAAUACUGAAAAAAUGCACAUACACAAACAUUAACGUGGGAAACAAAGUGCGAACCAGUUAAAAUAUAGUUAAAUGGCUUUUGUGAAUAAAAUAGUUAAAUAUCACUAUCACUUACAAGAAUAUUAACAAUGAUAAGAUAUCAGUAUUUAAAAAUAGGUCACUGUUACCUUGGACCAUUUAAUCGGCUGAUAUGCUUACUGGAAAAUAUCGUGGCAUAAGAAUACUUUGCAUAUCUGGGGAGCGAAGGUCCUGCAAUGCUACAUACAUUCUCCCCCCACCCCUUCAACUUUUCCAUUAAAUUAACAUAAUAUUAAAUUGAAAAGUUAUAAAAGAAAGUGAAGUAGAAAAACUUUACUUAAAAAAUGCAAAAUACUUGUUAAGAAUAUAAAUGUACCCAGUAUUACACUCAAGCAAUCUUUGCAUGUGUAACUUCUAACUUGUACUUCUGGCCACUCAGGGAAAAUAAUCCAAAACAUACUGUCGUUUUUCACUUCCAAAUUUUGAAUUUUCAUGAGCCCCAUAGACUCAAACAUCAAUUCCUGUUUUCUAAUUUUAACUCUAACAAAUGAUUAGUUCACCUUUUUAUCCAACUGUAUCAGCACACAAUAAUAUCUUCAUUUCAUAAAUGCAUAAUUAACUCAUUUCAACAUUGACCUCCUCAUUAGCUCCAAACUGCACCUCUGUAGUCAACAAAGAACAUUAAAACCUCUUUAAACAGUUCAACGUCAACUUCAAUAACUUCAACAUAAUGAAGGGGGGAACAGCCAAGGAGAAGGAAAUACAAACACCCUUGCUAAAAAAAAAUAUGGCCACACUGCCGGAAACACAUUUAAAAUUACCCUUCUUGCCUCUCAACUGCUGGACCAAAACUACGACAACCACUAAAACUUUUGCUCCCCGUAAUAUUCAAUUUUUCACCCACAACUUGGCCAAUCUCUCCACACUUCGACUGUGCACUUACAAAACUUCAGUAACACCUGUGCUCCCUUCAGUAUCUGACACAGCUACUGGUCAAAAUCUCCAUAAAUCUUUUGCUGUAAUCCCAAAAAAAUAACUCGCUCUCUUUGACUUCUGUGGCAUACAAACUUUAUAAACUUUAACCUGUUUUACAAAACCUGUAAUUCUUCCUUCUAUUCAAUCUCAACCCUUGUGACUUUCACAUAAACACAAUUUGAAAUACAUUGCACAAUACCAAUGAUCCAUGGGUCAUGACUUCUUAAACUCUUUUCAAACUUGGCGCAUUUACAUUUAAGUAUCUUGGUAACAUUAUCUUCACUUAGAAACUUUUUAUAUUGGUACCUAUCCUUAUAAAUAAUUUCAUUACUGUUAUUAUACUUAAUUUUCUCCAUGCUUCUCUCUUAACAUGGUAACCACUUAAUGACCAAAAUAAACAAUUUAAUUCUAAUUCAAAGUAAUAUCAAAAUUUAACCUAAAACACCUGUUACAUCAUUUCUGUUUACCUUUUAUAAAAAAAAAAUAAGUCUCGUACAACACAGCGACUCGGUCUUUUCCACUAUGACGUGAGCAGACACAACAGCUGUUUACAACAUGUUCAAAAUCUGCAAAUUUCAUUUUUCUUUUCCUUUUGCCACAGUCCCUGUGUAAACUCUUUACUCUAGUUCUGUGCCUCUGACUUCUGUCCAGCUUUCCAAGUACGCUGACACACAACUAACUCUGUCUCAGUAGCCUCUGCACUAACAGUAUACCAUUUGUAUUACAAUUUUUAUCAUAUUUCCUUGUGUGAUUUUUGAAGUGAAACUUCUAAUGCGACUUCCAACAAGGUUGCGUUAAACGUUUAACGCUACCAUGGAGGGGGUAUGAAAGCACGGUUGCGUUAAACGUUCAACGCUCCUGGGGAGGGGGAAUAGAAAGAGACAGAGCGAGAGUGAAUGCGUGGCACUGGAACGCAUGCGCGUAGUAUACCUGUUACAGGCCAGCGCGAGCGUUAGCAGUGAGUAGCGUCCAAUAUUCCAAGCACAUGCGCGUGGUAUUCUUGCUAUGCAGCGAAGUAAACAGUGUGAGCGUCGUGAAAUUAGCUGAAAUACGUACUUGUUCUAUUUUAUUGUUCUAUUUUAAUUUAUAAUAUUCAUUAUUUCAUUUACCUCUUUUUUUUUUUUAUUUCAUUUGAUUUGAUACAAUACAAUAUGUUUUCAUUAAAAAUCAAUUUAUACCUCUUCCUAUUUUCAUUUCCACAUUACGAAGUUUCACUUCUUCCGCGCGGAGGGACUCCACGCACUAUUUUUUUUUUUUAAUAUUAUGCAGAUGUAAAUGUAAACAAAUGAAAAAAACUCCAGACUAAUUGGUUUCAUUUUAGGAAAGUCCUUUUAAUCACUCUGCUUAGAUUUGAUACAAUACAAUAUGUUUUCAUUAAAAAUCAAUUUAUACCUCUUCCUAUUUUCAUUUCCACAUUACGAAGUUUCACUUCUUCCGCGCGGAGGGACUCCACGCACUAUUUUUUUUUUUUAAUAUUAUGCAGAUGUAAAUGUAAACAAAUGAAAAAAACUCCAGACUAAUUGGUUUCAUUUUAGGAAAGUCCUUUUAAUCACUCUGCUUAAAAAUAUUUUUAUAAACAUUUUCCACAUCCAGUGCUAAAUUCAUUAAAAAUGUGAUUUGAUCAUCAAAUGUUGUGAACAAGCUAUAUAUAACUUGAUGUAAGUUUUUGGACAUACGCCAUUGCUAAGAACUGUAUGUCCAAAAACUUACAUCAAGUCAUGCACUCCCAUUGCACAAAUCUUUUAAAGAUAACAAGCUAUAUAUAUAUAUAUAUAUAUUUUUUUUUUUUUUUCUUCUUAAAUGUAAAAUAAUCAUAUGCUAGAAGCAGUAGUGAUUAAUAAAGUGAGAAGUGACCUUUAGAUCAAUUUUAAUGUAUGUUUAACAAAAAAUAAAUGUUACAUAUUUAUCUGUAAGCAUUUUUUAAUCGAGGACAUUGAAUCAAAAAUAAUUUGAAAUAGGGUUGGCAGAGAAAGCUACAUUCAAACAAACUUAUUUAUGAUGUUUAGAGCUGUCAGAACUUAUCAAGCAAGGAAUGAAACUUUUUUUUAUUAAAGCUCUCUCUCGACUUUUCACCUCCAGCCUAGUUUCAGAAGUGUCAUCACUUGAGCUCGGUUUUCUUCAGUUUUAGAUAUUCAGUCAAAACUGAAGUAAAUUGCAUCUGACAUCAUGCAUUGAUUUUUGACUAAAUAUUGUUCCAUUAAAUUUUGGUGAAAAUGACUGAAAUAUCCUGAAAUUUGUUUGAUCCUUAGUCGACAAAUGCGUGUUUUGGAUAUUUUUCGCUCAAGUGUUCUGUAAUUAUGGGAAAUCAACAUGUAUAAUUCACCUUUGACUUAUUAUGUUUAAUAAGGAACACUUAAUAUUCAGUGAUUUGCUCCAGUUUAGUAUGCUUUAAUUUUUAAUAUUUGGAAUGAUAAUUUUAUCACCCAGUAUCUCUAAAUGAAACCCUUCAUUUUAUGUUAAUUUUCAACAUUAUGUGGAAAAAUACUUGCUU